AUGUUCUGGUUUAUUAAUCGCAGUCUCUUUGCUAUCUCGACAACCUGGACAUCCUCCGUCAGAUUUAUCUACAAUAUCCUGCGACUUCCGCUAGUCUUCAUCACCGGUUUUCGACAGCCGGCAACAGCAAUUACACUCCAACAUGCGUGGCCUUUGACAGAGCAGCAGAUCUAUCGUCGCACCGAUACAUUCUUCCGAUCCAUCGAUGAUGAUGCCAUCCGGGCACUAGGGACCCAGCAUCACAUCAACAGUCUGCCAUGUGAAAUCAAGGCCCGACAUCGAGGCAGUUUCAAUGGCUGCUUCGUGCUUGAGUUUACCGACGGCUCUACGCGCAUCGUGCGGCUUUCUCUUGAGCCAGCAGUACACGAUGCGUGGAACAAAAUACGAAGCGAAGUUUGCACAAUGCACUACGUGCGACGCAAUACAAACAUCCCCGUUCCCCAAGUGUAUGCAUACGGUCGAAGCCGGCUCUGUCGUGAUACCUCGGAGCAUCAAGUCUUCAUGAUCACGGAAUACGUCGAAGGUCAGCAAUUGACCAGGAAAGCGCUAGAGACCAGUCCAGAACCUCGCCGUCGACUUUUUCUUCAGCAAUUGAUCGAUGUCUUUGCAGAACUUCGAAAACUCCCCUUCACACGGGGAGGAUCGCUAAUGCCGAGCAACAACGAAGAUGUUGAACUUGAAAAUCCACCGGACAUUGUCGGUGCCUUCUCGAUCCGCAAGAACGAACUCCAAGCGGCCGGAUACACAAUGUCACGCGUUGUGACUACGAGUGCAACAGAAUUCUUCGAUGAGCAAUGUCGUGUCCUUCAGCAUAUGUGGACAAUGCCUUACAAAGAUCUGGAUCAUAAGCAGGCUGAGCGAGAGGAGUUUGCGCAACGAUAUAUCCGUCAGCCAGAGGUCCAAAGCAGAAUCGGCGUCGACUCGACCAGCCGGACAUUCUUUCUAACGCAUCCCGACCUUCGCCCCGGCAACAUCCUCGUAGACGAUGAGCUUAAUAUAUGCGGUAUCAUCGAUUGGGAGUUCGCGGCAAGCGUCCCGCGGUGUGUCUCCGUCCCCCCGACAUGGAUCACAGGCAAUGACUUGGGACUAGCUGACCUAACGUCCGAUUUCAAACAUGUUCUAUCUUCUAUGGAAGAGAAGUCGGAGUACCACUCUCAACUUGCGGCUGAUUGGGGCUCCAGAGACCCCCUUGCUUGGUCAUUAUCCCACAUACUUAUGGAUCCGGCCGAGCUUGACUUUGUUUUCUGGGAAAAGGUCAUGCCCUACGUCACUGGACUGUGUGACAUCCCUAUUCCUGGCAAUAUACAGCUACAAGCAGACGUGGAUCAGCGCCUGGGAGUAUCACAGAGCUUCGCCCAGUAUCUCGAUACGCACAAUCUUAAUGUGGAAGGGCGCGAAGAGGCAAUCCAGCGCUUGCUGCAGGAGAGUCGGGCUACGAUUGAUGAGUUGAAAAAGGGAGCUAUCGCACAGCCAUAA